AGCUGCUAGUCACAGGAGCCACAAUGGCGUUUGUAGUCUCCUUCAGACAGGGCUGUGGAUCAUACUAAAUCCACCAGCAUCGCCCUAAAUAUAGGCCUGGUUGAUUUCCAGAGCCAUUGAUAAUAAACUGGAACAUCUACUGCACACGAAAAUACUAUGAUUUCUUAUCAAUAUUGAAUUUAUAGGGGAUAAAAGUUACAUUAAAGGGAACAUGUAAACAGUACCAACCGGGUCAAGUUUUCAAUUUGUUGGAGAAGCGAGCGCCUUCUAAUGAAGGCGUUUUGCUUGUUUCUGAACGCAAAGAGCGUCAUUCUGUGGAAUAAAAACACCUUUACUUAACUUGGCACCGGACAAGGACAGCUUUCACAAAGGGACUUUUUUUCUUUUUCACCAGACAGCUCGCUAACUGAAGAGCGUUAGCUAGCCGUGCUAGCUGCACUGAGACGGAGGCGACACCACUAUGUUCCGAUAAUGUGGAUAUUUUUCUCCAUUUACUGAGUAAAGUACAGGACCUGCCGCUCCGGAGAACCGCCUUCUUAUUUUUUUGUUCUUUGCCGGACUGUGCUGGAGAUGUCGGCGGAAUGAAUCGGCUGUGAAGCAGGACUGGACGCGGAGCGGCCUGGUGUGUUUGUUUUCUGUCUUUUCGUGUCUUGUUUCUGCUUUGGCUACAUUUGUUUGUGGCACCUCGGGACCGGCCAACAGUUUCUCAUGUGAAUGAACUGCGUGGAUCACCAAAGGCCCAGUCGCACCAGAGGCACCGAGGCCGGCGUGAGGGAUGCCUGGUUCGGACCGACACCAUGGGACCAAGAGGAAGCCGGACUCGAGCAGCGGCGGUGCGCUCCACCAGACCCCGGGCCCGCCUCACGCCUCCGCGGGAGACAUGACGAGCCGAGAGGGGAAGGUGCAGUUAAAGUCUUCGAUGUCUUCUACCAAACGCAAAAGGCAUAAAUCGGCCAAACACAACCGGGACUCGUUGGCGGCACCGGGAUCCGUGGAUUUUACCCUGGGCGACACGGCGCCUCCUGGCGUCAACGCGCUGAAGCCUCUGGUGGAGUACGACGAUAUCAGCUCCGACUCGGACACUUUCUCCGACCCGCCGUCCUCCCGGCCGUCCGAGCGGGGGCUCGGGGACCGCCUGGACCUGUCCCCGGACUACGACAGGGAGGAGGUCGCUCCAGAGCUCGAGAGCAGAGAGAUCAGGGGCCACAGACACUCCCGGAAAAAGCCCAAGGACCCCAACAAGGUGAGGGACUCUGGGAAUGGGGAGCGUGGGUACAAGAAAAAGAGCAAAGACCAUGAGAAAGUCGGCUCUGGGAAGAGCAAGGACAAGUCUGCCUCCUCGGGCUCCUCGUCCAAGCGCCAGGUCCAGCUGGAGGGGGACUCUAAACGCGGGGAGAUGCUGCUCUCCACGCAGGUGCAGCCCUCGGCCAGCGUCGGGAGCACUACCUCCUCCACGUCCUCAUCCAGGAGCAAGGAGAGCAGCCGCUCAGGGAAGUCCAGGAAGGACCGGCAGCAGAGGAGGGAGACCCGGGGAGAGGGCGGCGGCAGCUCCUCUCAGAGGAGCCGGACUGACCGGACCCACCACAAGUCCUCCAAGAGCCACAAGUCCAGCCCCAAGGGCAAGUCUUCUAGCAGGGGGAGCCCGAGGAGAAGGGCCGCCAGCUCCGCCCUGUCCCCCAGCCCCAGGAGAGGGGCUGGCAGCGAGAGCCCCCCUGGCAGCGGGUACGGGCAGCAGGGGGACGACGGCUACUCCAGGAGGAGGGCCGCCCAGCAGAGCCCCAGCCCGUACGGGGACGUGUCUCGCCGCAGCAGGCAGAGAUCAGACAGUCCCUAUGGCAGCAGACACAGGUCCUCCAGCUUCGAGAGGGACGCCAGCCCGUACUCAAGAAGACGAUCCAUCAGCCCGUAUGGAGGCAGGAGGUCCUCCAGCACCAGCCCCGUGUCUCGGCGCUCGGGCCGCUCCAGGAGCCGCUCCCCUCUGCAUUACUCCUCUUCCCGCCGCUCCUCGUCUCGCUCUCGCAGUAAGAGGCACGCGUCGUCGGCCGGGCUGGGCGGCAGCUCCCACAGCAGCCGGCAGGCCAGCCGCUCGCCGCCCUCCUCCCGCCUGCCUCUCAACUCCAGCUUAGGAGCCGAGCUGAGUCGCAGGAAGAAGGAGCUGCAGGCCGCCGAGGCGGCCGCCCGGGCCAGCGGCACGGCGUCCCCCCUCCCGCUGGCGGCUCGCAAGGCCGCGGCCGCCGCCACAGCUUCGUCGUCGAGGCCCGCCAAGUCCGAGGACUCGGCGGCGGCGGCCGACCCUCCGCCGCCGCCCACCGUGCCGACGCCGCAGGACGCUCCCAGCACGGCCGACCAGGUCACCGCUGCUCUCCCCUCCUCCUCGGCCGCCUCUCCCGCACCUCCUCCUCAGCCGUCUCCGCCCGUGCCGCCCGUUCCCGCCGCGCAGGCUCCGCCGCCGCCGCCGCCUCAGGCCGAAUCAAACCUUCAUCCCGGGACGGCCGCCACGGCGUCCCAGGCCAAAUCGCCGGCGGCGGCCUCAGCUCCUGCACGCAGCCCCGCUCGCCAGACACAGCUCCACAAGACGUCGACUCUGCCACCCCUGCCUUUACCGCCUGCACUGCUGGGAAACGCUCAGGACAGUCCAAAGAAGUCCACCCCGCCUCAGAGGCCGUCGAGAAGGGAGAAAGAUUUCCGCAGCCGGCCUUCGCUCAUCGACCUUCCCCUCCCGCCCACGCUUCCCGGAGGAGACGCCUCACCUCCGCAGUCCCCCGUCCGCCAUGUCCCGAUGCUGCCCGCACCUGUUCUUAAGAAGAGACCAAAGAUUUGCUGCCCGCGAUACGGUGAGCGGAAGCACACCCAGAGCGACUGGGGCAAACGCUGCGUCGAUAAAUUUGAUAUAAUCGGCAUCAUAGGAGAAGGAACGUAUGGCCAAGUGUACAAGGCCAAGGACAAAGACACCGGUGAGCUGGUGGCUUUGAAAAAAGUGCGUUUGGACAAUGAAAAGGAGGGCUUCCCCAUCACGGCCAUCCGAGAGAUCAAGAUCCUGCGGCAGCUCAAACACCGCAGCGUCGUCAACAUGAAGGAAAUCGUCACCGACAAGCAGGACGCCCUGGACUUUAAGAAGGAUAAAGGUGCUUUCUACCUGGUGUUUGAGUACAUGGACCACGACCUGAUGGGCCUGCUGGAGUCGGGCCUGGUCCAGUUCUCCCACGAACACGUGCGCAGCUUCAUGCGCCAGCUGAUGGAGGGCCUGGACUACUGCCACAAGAACAACUUCCUGCACAGAGACAUCAAAUGCUCCAACAUUCUGCUCAACAACAGAGGUCAGAUAAAACUGGCCGACUUCGGUUUGGCUCGUCUUUAUAAUUCAGAGGAGAGCCGGCCCUACACUAAUAAAGUAAUCACACUCUGGUACCGCCCCCCCGAGCUGCUGCUGGGCGAGGAGAGGUAUUCUCCUGCCAUCGAUGUUUGGAGCUGCGGGUGCAUUCUGGGAGAACUCUUCACAAAGAAGCCCAUCUUCCAGGCGAACCAGGAGCUCCUGCAGCUGGAGCUCAUCAGCCGUCUGUGCGGGAGUCCCUGUCCUGCCGUCUGGCCGGACGUCAUCAAGCUCCCCCUCUUCAACACCAUGAAGCCCAAGAAGCAGUACAGACGGCGGCUCCGCGAGGAGUUUGCCUUUUUACCCACUAACGCCCUGGACCUGCUGGACCGAAUGCUGACCCUGGACCCGGCCCGGCGCUGCACAUCAGAACAGGCUCUGUUCAGCGACUUCCUGUGCGACGUGGAGCCCAGCAGGAUGCCGCCGCCCGACCUCCCUCACCACCAGGACUGUCACGAGCUGUGGAGUAAGAAGCGGCGGCGCGCCCGUCAGAGCGGGCUGCCCGAGGAUGUGCCUGUGCCCAAAGUGCCCCGUAAAGACGCCACCGGGACGUCCAGCGGAGAGAACAGCCGACCCCCCAGCAGCCCGGCCGGCGCCCCGCCGCCGCCGCCCCCGCCCGGGAAACCCCCCGCCGCCGGCGCCGCCGGCCUGGAGAGCGAGCUGUCAGGGCUGGGAGUGGCCGCCGAGCAGCUGAACCAGACGGAGCUGGCGGUGCUGCUGAACCUGCUCCAGGGACAAGCGGACCUCAGCCUGCCCCAGGUGGCCCAGCUCCUCAACGUCUCCAACCCAGAGACUCUCAGCCAGCUGCUGUCCAGCCUCAACGAGGCCUCCGACCAGCAGGGGGCUCCAGAGGACCAGAGCCGGCCCGGCGGCGCGGCGCCGGCCCCCCCUGCGGCCCCGGCCCAGCCCCCGGAGCCGCCCCCGGAGCCCCGGGAGCCCUCCCCGCCCCCCGGGGAGCCGCAGCUGAGCCAGGAGGAGCAGGCCAACCUGCUGGCGCUCAUCCUGGGCCACAUCAUCAAGCCGCCGGGCGACGAGCAGGCCGACGACAGCAACGGCGUCCAGUCAGAGGAGGCACUAACUCGCGGUUCGUCCGCUUCUACUACUGAUUGCAAGGAUGGCGCAGCGUCUAAAAAGAACCCCCCCGGGGACGUCCAGGCGACCCCGUCCGCCGACCGGCGCCCGCCCUCGCCGCCGGGCCCCCCGCCUCCGCCCGCCCCGGGCCGGGGGGCGGGAGCGGGGACGGAGACGCAGCCCGGCCAGAACAUCAGCCCCGCCGUGGCCGCCGCCUUGCUGCAGCUCAUCUCCCAGCAGGACUCUGAAGCGGGGGCCUCGCAGGGCCGCGGGGACCCCCCCCCGGCCGUGGACGCCCCGGCCAGGGCCGAGCCCCCCCCGCCCUGGGUGGCGGACUCUCCACCCAAACCCCCGUCCGAGUCCAAGGCCGGCCUGCUGACCGCCGCCGCCGCCGCCACCGCCGAGUUCCCCAAAGACCAGGACCUGCGCUUCUCCCACGGAGCCGCCCGCUGACCCUCAGCCCCCCCGCGGUGACGAAGCGACCCCCGCCUGGACCAUGGGGGGGGGGGGUUGCGGAGGGCCCGACGGGACCGGAGCAGGGUCUGAAUGUCUGAGCGGAGGCCCCACCCUGAGCUCCUCGUGUUUCUGCCUCAGACGCUAAACGCCACUUUGAGACGAACGCCGUCCCAGGAUGAGCUCGCUCGGACGAAGAGCCACGGCCGCCUCGCCUCCCCUCCCCGCUAACUUCUGCGACAAAAGUUUGUUUUUUUUUUCCUUUCCGUUUUAUUUUUGUGCUGUCAGGAAAACGACGACACGCUAAAAAUCAAAAUCUCCUGCUCCCAUCGCGCUUUCAGAAGAGGAGAGGGAGGAAAAGGCUU